CGCCAGCUGCGCUCAUGGCCGGGCGCUCUUUGCUCCCAGUUCCCUCCCAGCGCUCCCAGUAAGAGCGGCACUGGCAGGGAAAGCGCUCCCAGUUCCUGCCCGGGGCUCUCAGCAUCGCUGCCGCUGCUCUCCGUGUCAUUCCCAGCGCUCCCAGUAUCACUCGCAGCGCCGCGCGGGUCGCAGCCGCUCCCACACCUGCCCGGGCCGGGCUGGGAGCGGAGGAGGAGCGGGAGGAAGAGGAGGAGCGGGAAGAGGAGGAAGAGCAGCAGCGGGAGGAAGAGGAGAGACAGGGGAGGAGCGGCAGGAAGAGGAGUGGCGAUUUUGGAACCAGGCGCUUCUGCCGCCCGCCCGCACAGAGCGCAGCUUCCCCCGGGUGCGGCAGCAUCGCCCCCCAAAAACCCGCAGGAUCUCCCAAAGCUCAGCAGCGAGGAGGAGGAGGAGGAGGAGGCCAUGAGGACGAGGUCGAUGUCCCGGGAGCCGCAGGCAGACAAGGAGCUGAGCACGGCCAGCAGCGAGGACAAAUCCCCGCGGCACAGCCUCGGGCAAGAGGCCGUUUGCAGCGGCUCCACGGCGCAGGAAUGCAACGGGGAGGAAAAGCCCCGCAGAUCCCGCAGCAGGAGGGGCUGCAAACGCACAGCCUGGGGAUCCCAGCAGGAAACAGCCAGCCCGGGCCGGGGAGGCGGCCGGAGCUCGGAGCUGGGGCUGUGUGAGCAGCUUCAGCGUGGGGAGAAGCCCCACAAGUGCUCGCAAUGUGGGAAGAGCUACAGGUGGAGAUCAGACCUGACCAAACACCAGAGAGUCCACACGGGGGAACGGCCCAACGAGUGUGGGGAGUGUGGGAAGAGAUUCAGCCAGACUUCACAGCUGACAGUGCACCAAAGGAUCCACACUGGGGAGAGACCCUACGAGUGUGAUAAAUGCAGGAAGUGGUUUCACACCAGCUCCAGUCUCCUCAAGCACUAUCGCAUUCACAAAGAUGAGAGGCCUUAUGAAUGUCCUGACUGUGGGAAGGGCUUCAAGAUCAACUCACACCUCAUCACCCACCGGCGCACCCACACUGGGGAGAGACCCUACGAGUGUGAUAAAUGCAGGAAGAGGUUUCAGACCAGCUCCAGUCUCUUCGAGCACUAUCGAAUUCACAGGGAUGAGAGACCGUUCUCCUGCUCCAGCUGUGGGAAUGGCUUCAAGCAAAACUCUGCCCUUGCUGCCCACCGGCGCAGCCACAUUGGGGAGAGGCCCUAUGAGUGUGAUAAAUGCAGGAAGAGGUUUCAGACCAGUUCCGAUCUCAUCAGGCACUAUCGCACUCACACGGAUGAGAGGCCUUAUGAGUGUCCUGACUGCGGGAUGUGCUUCAAGCAAAACUCAACCCUUGUCACCCACCGGCGCAUCCACACUGGGGAGAGACCCUACGAAUGUCUCGAGUGUGGGAAGAGCUUCUCACUGAGCCAUAACUUGACCAGACACCAACAGAGUCUCCAGUGAGAGAAGCCCUGCGAGUGCCCCGAGUGCGGGAAGAGCUUCGUGCGCUGCUCCAGCUCCAUCCCCCAGGGCAGGAUCCGCGCUGGAUGAUCCCCAGUGACCCCCGGUGGGCAGAGCCCCGCUGAGCCCUGGUGCCGCUGAUCCGUGUUGGGAAGACACCUGGCUGGGGGCUCCACAUCCUCCUGCCUCCCAUCCCACUCCAAUUCCCAUUCCCGCUCUCCUUCCCUCUCCCUGUCCCGUAUUCUCUGCCCGGUUGUCCUUCCCAUAUUCCCAGUCCCAUAUUCCCUGUGUGUUGGGAAGGAUAAGGAUUUGACAGGAAGCUCUCACAGAUACGUACAUAAAACAUUUGCAUUUCCUAUUCCCAAUCCCAUUCUCGUAUUGUAAUUUCCAAUCCCUUUCCCAUUUUCUAAAUCCCCAUUCCAUAAUCUCUCUCCAAUUGCUAUUUCUAUAUUCCCUGUCCGGUUCCCACACUCCCAUUCCCUGUUCCUGUUUCCUUUCCCGUUUCCAUGUCCCUGUCCCCAUUCCCAGAUGUGGGACUGGGGAACACAGAAGCCUCUCUGAGUCCCUCCGUGAGAGGAAAGAAUGCAGGAACUAAAAACCUUUUGAGAAAUGAAACUACAUUAUGCCACACAGACAUGAAAUAGAGGUCUGUGCUUUCGUUUCUAAUUAGAAAUAUUAGUUUGCAUACAUACAAAGUAGAGAUAUAAAUCUUAGUCUGAAGUAAGUAACAAUAUAUUUGAAGUACCUUAAAAGUAAAAGCCUUAGAAUUUGGCUUGAAAAAUAACCUGCAGUGAGAGCUCAAGACCAGAGCUCUAGAGAGAAUAAAAAUAAAGUAAGAACUUUGCUUUUAUUCUUCAGAUGGAACAAACACCACCUGUGCACAAGUUAGAUGUAAACAUUUGUAUUACAGAACCCCAAUUGUAACAGGUUUAGGAGAAAUGCAUCAGGUUCCUGUUUUUUGAUCAUUGGGAAAUUUGUCAAUAAAAAUCUGCGCCUUGGAGCCAGAGCUGUCUCUCCCUCCUCUCUCGUCGCUCUCCCUUUCUCCCUCACCACCAUCAUCACAACUACCAGCACGGGAGAGAAGAAGAGGAAUAUGAAAGAAGAGCAGAAGAAAGGUGUAAGAUUCCAUCUAAAAACCUCUCACAUGUUCUGCCCAACGACCCUCGCCUGAGGCCUAAAGAACUGCAGUGUAAAGGUGCUGGCCAGGGAAGAGAGGAAUGCCAAGGGAAGAGAGGAAUGCCAAGGGAAGAGAAGAAUGCCAAGUGACUGUUCUCAGGUGGUGCCCAUCCCAACCAGGGCCGGUCUGCUCCCACAGGUGUGAGAACAAUGAGCUGGUCACAGUGUGCUGCUCCUACACAGGCGACUUGCUGCAGAACUGGUCACAAGGACUGUUGGUGUGCCUGGAGCUUGCCAUGGUGCACUGCUCCUGUGGGCCUGGAGCUUGCCAUGGUGCACUGAUCCCACCCAGGCCACCUGCACAGCGUCCUGUUUCCACCUACUUCUUGGAGCAACGAUCUCCACAUACAAUAGUCCAUAAGUCUCCCCAACUUUUAGCCAGUUGCCCGACACCAUGGAAAAAAAUAUAAAAGACACCCUCAAGCUAAAGACACCCGAAAUCACCCCGGACGGGAAUGGACAUCUAUUGGCUGGUUCGACGAGGAUCGUCUGCCCGUCUUGGUAGCUCUAAUCCCAACCCCUUUUCUCUCUCUCUCUCUUUUUCUCUCUGUCCCUCUAUCGCAUUUUGUUGGCACUAAAUAAAAGUGCAUGUUUUGCAAAAGUU